AGCCAGUGUGCUACAAUCAUUAAUUGGCAGACUGCAUCAUGGAAGGCAGUAAGGGGGCCACAGACAGUGAGAUGCAAGCAGAACCUAUGCUGAAUACUCUGGACAUCUCAGAGGAACCAACAAGGGCGGCUCAUCAGAGCAAGAAGAAGAAAUCAAGCAAGUGGAAGGCUGUGUACUUGCUUAUCUGUGUGUGCUUGUUAACUGCAAUCCUUGGCUGUAUAUUUGGACUUAAACCAAGCUGUACUAGAGAAGUAACCACUUGCAAAAAUCGGUGUUUUGAACGAAAAUUUGGAAGCUGUCGAUGUGAUGCUGCAUGUGUGGAGCAAGGGAACUGCUGCAUAGAUUAUCAAGAUGUGUGCAUUAGGCCAGCUCACACCUGGACAUGUGACAAGCUACGAUGUGGUGAAAAAAAAUUACCUGGAAGCCUCUGCUCUUGUUCUGAUAAUUGCAGAGAAACACAGGACUGCUGUGUUAAUUACAACUCGGUUUGCCUUGGUAACAAGAGCUGGGUACAGGAAACCUGUCAGGAUAUCAAAACCCCAGAAUGUCCAGCAGGAUUCUCAAAGCCUCCCUUACUCUUGGUUUCAUUGGAUGGGUUCAGAGCAGAAUAUUUACAUACUUGGGGAGGACUUCUUCCUGUCAUUAGCAAAUUACGACAAUGUGGGACAUACACACGUGCUUUACGUCCAGUAUAUCCAUCAAAAACGUUUCCCAAUCAUUACAGCAUUGUGACGGGCCUUUAUCCAGAGUCUCAUGGUCUUAUUGACAAUAAAAUGUAUGACCCCAAGAGGAACGCACUUUUCACUCUUCGCAGCCUUGAGAAAUUUAACCCUUCCUGGUACCAAGGAGAACCAGUAUGGGUGACUGCCAUGAAACAAGGAUUAAAAACUGCAACCUAUUUUUGGCCUGGUUCAGAUGUAAAGAUUGAUGGCUAUUUUCCAAAUUUUUAUCAACUCUAUAAUGGAUCGGUUCCAUUCGAGCAAAGAGUCUCAAGUGUUCUUAAAUGGCUUAGUCUGCCUGAAAAUGAAAGACCACACUUUUACACUCUGUAUUUAGAAGAACCUGACUCCUCAGGGCACAUGUAUGGUCCAGUCAGUGGUCAGGUAAUAAAAGCACUAAUGAAUGUAGACAAUAUCAUUGGAAUGCUAAUGGAUGGCCUGAAGCAGAUCCAGCUAGACAAAUGUAUUAACAUCAUCCUUUUGUCAGAUCAUGGGAUGGAGCAAUUCAGUUGUGAAACUGUUGCAUUUCUUCAACCAUCCUAUGUAAAGCCUUCCAAAGAAUACAUUGUGAUAUCAGGUCCAGCUGCACGCUUGAGACCCACUAACGUGCCAGAUGAGUAUUUCUCUUUUGACUAUGAAGGUGUUGCCAGGAAUCUUACAUGCAGACGUAAUCAUCAGCCAUUUAAAGCAUUUCUAAAGCACAAUUUGCCCAAACGCAUCCAUUAUGCCAACAAUGAUCGGAUCGAACUGCUUAACUUUUACACAGACCCUAAAUGGCAGGUUGCUCUCUCAAGAUCAGAAAUUAAAUCCUGUAAGGGUGGAUUUCAUGGAUCAGAUAAUCGUUUUCCAAAUAUGCAAGCUCUCUUCAUUGGUUAUGGGCCUCAAUUCAAGUUUAACAUAGAGGUUGAGCCUUUUGAAAAUAUAGAAAUCUAUAACUUAAUGUGCGACUUGUUGAACAUUGUGCCAGCACCCAACAAUGGAACUCAUGGCAGCCUUAACCAUUUAUUGAAAAUGCCAGUUUAUGAGCCAUCCUUACCAAAUGAUAUAACUGAACCCGCUCAAUGUGCUGUUAGCAAGAAAGUUCAGGCUGAUGAUCUUGGCUGCUCUUGUGAUUCAUUGGAUCCAACAUUACGUGGAUUUGAGAAACAGGUGACCCUUACUCCUGUGCAAGAGUCGGAAACAAAGAUACAUAACCUGCCAUUUGGAAGGCCAAAAGUUUUAUGGAACAGCAGCUAUUGUGUCUUGUAUCACAAAAUGUAUGUAAGUGGUUACAGCUUCAAUACUCGAAUACCACUAUGGAAUUCAUACACCAUAGGAAAAAAUGACUACUCCGCCAUAUCUGUAGGAUAUAAUUCUUCAUGUAUUUUUGUGGAUACCCGUAUCCCAUCUGGUAUGAGUCAAAGUUGCAGAUUUUAUCAUUCUCACUCUUCACUAAAAUAUGGAUUUCUUUUCCCUCCAGGAUAUGCAGGAACUAAAUCAUAUUCUGGAUAUAGCACUACCAAUAUUGUUCCAAUGUAUCCUGCUUUUCAAGUGAUUUGGAAUUAUUUCCACAAUGUAUUAUUAUUGAAAAAUACUGAAAAGAAAAAUGGAUUCCAAGUCAUAAGUGGUCCAAUAUUUGAUUAUAAUGUUGAUGGUCGAUUUGACACUAUGGAACAGAUUACACAAAUCUAUAACAGCACUGGUGUGUAUAUCCCAACUCACUAUUUUAUUAUUGUGACAAGUUGCAAAAAUGUUUCCCAGACUCCUUUGCAAUGCACUGGGCCACUAGAUGUUUUACCCUUUGUUUUACCACAUAGAGAAGAAAACAGUGAAAACUGUGAGGUUGACAAAGAUGAAGCGGUGUGGGUUGAAAAGUUUCUUUAUUUUCAUGCUGCACGUGUCAGAGAUAUAGAACUUCUGACAGGACUUAUUUUCUUUCAGGAUACAAAAUAUUCAGUUGCUGAUCUUUUGCAGCUCAAAACAUUUAUGCCUGAUAAUUUAUGAGGAAUAAUGCACUUUUAUACUUCAGUUUGUUUAUGUCUUAACUUUUUAAUAAACAUGUAAGAAUAACUGCUUAUUGAUGCUAAUGUUUCCAUUGUAUAGAUACCAGUUUUGUGGAAAAAGGGACUAAAGUAAAAUUCUG